AAACCAUUGAAAAAAUUGUAAAGUUGAAGCACAUGUUGUUUAGCAAUUUAUUUUAUUUUUUUAAACUAUAAUUUUUCCUAAUUAAAAUAGAAUUAUCCUGUCAAAAUGCCCAAAGAACGCACGGAAAAAAAGUCACGCAUACACAAUGAAGUACAAAAACAAGGCAUUGUUUUUAAUAAGGAUUUUGGUCAGCAUAUCUUGAAAAAUCCUUUAGUUAUUACCAGCAUGUUGGAAAAAGCUGCUUUGCGUCCCACAGAUGUGGUAUUGGAAAUUGGUCCUGGUACCGGUAACAUGACCGUACGCAUGUUGGAAAAAUGUAAAAAAGUGGUGGCUUGUGAAAUUGAUACACGCUUAGCGGCUGAAUUACAAAAACGUGUACAAGGUACACCCUUACAACCUAAGCUACAAAUGCUAAUUGGUGAUUUCCUUAAAGCAGAGCUACCUUUCUUUGAUUUAUGCAUUGCCAAUGUGCCCUAUCAAAUUAGUUCCCCUUUGAUUUUCAAGCUUUUGCUGCAUCGACCUCUCUUUCGUUGUGCCGUCCUUAUGUUUCAGCGUGAAUUUGCCCAACGUCUAGUAGCCAAGCCGGGCGAUAAACUCUACUGUCGUUUGAGUAUAAAUACCCAACUUUUAGCUCGUGUUGAUAUGCUAAUGAAAGUGGGUAAAAAUAAUUUUAAACCUCCACCAAAGGUAGAGUCGAGUGUGGUACGUUUGGAACCCAAAAAUCCCCCGCCACCAGUUAACUUUACCGAAUGGGAUGGUUUGACACGUAUUGCAUUUUUGCGCAAAAAUAAAACUCUAGCAGCUGCCUUCAAAACUAAUUCGGUCAUGGAAAUGUUGGAAAAGAACUAUAAAUUACAUUUAUCUUUAAGGAAUAUGCCAUUAGAGGAGAACUUUUCUAUGCAAGAUAAAGUUAUAGGUAUUUUAACCUCUUUAAAUAUGGAUAAUUCUCGUGCCCGUUCUAUGGAUUUAGAUGAUUUUAUGCGGCUUCUAUUGGCCUUCAAUUCAGAGGGUAUUCAUUUCAAUUAAAUGUUUGUAAAUUACAAACUUUGUAAAUAUUUUUAAGUCUGAAUUUAGUUAAGAGUUAUUUGGAAAAAAUGUUUCAGAUUUUCAUCGUUUGCGUUUUAAUAUUUAAAAAAAUUCAUGAUUGAAAAUAAUUAAAUUAAGAAUACAUAGAAAUUGUAUUUUGCAUAAAGUGUAUUUAAGUUAUAUUUGAUAUUUAAUAAAGUCGUUUAUAUACAAAUAUAA